GGGGUCAAUUCCUAUUGCGGGGCCCCGCUCCCUUAUGUGAUGACCAUCUCAAGCCUCCCCCCUCCUACCACAUCUCACCCUUCUUGUUUUGCCUCCCAGACCUCUUAUUAGAUAUUCUUCAUCACGAGAAAAGACCUUCCGUUUGCUCGCCCGCCAUGCCGCCGUUCCGCGCCGAACAUAUGGGCUCCCUCCUACGGCCUCAAAAGCUACUAGAGGUUCGUGCAGCUAUCCGUGAAAAGGGUUUAAACCCAGAUGAGGCCGGCCUACCUGCUAUCGAAGAGGAGGCUGUAGCAAAUAUAGUGAAGCUACAGCAGGAGUUAGGCUUUAAGGCGGUGACUAGUGGCGAGUACCCUCGUACCCGUUUUUGGGGUCUUAUGUGGCACGAGUUUGAGGGUACCGUCCGACUUGAAGACGCCAACGAAGAACUAUUUAGACUUUACCAUCCCGAUGUCUGUUCGCUUGUUUCAGUCUCGCGCAAGGUUAUGCCAGGAGAGUCGGUCAUCACUGGGUCGAAGCUGAGACAUAAUCCCGAGAAGUCGUGGUCCAACCUCCACGAGCUUCGUCUUGUGCAAAAGUUUGUGCCGCAGAGCGAGUGGGCAAACAUCAAGCUCACCAUGAUCACGCCAGCCUGGUUUCACAUGCGUUACAAGCAAGGCCGGGCUUAUACCAAGGAAGCAUACGCGAACGACGCCGAGUACUUCAAGGACGUGGCCAAGGUCUACCAGGCCGAGCUGGAUCAGCUCUACAAGGCAGGGCUACGCAACGUUCAGUUUGACGACCCUGGUCUGGCAUACUUUUGUUCCGACAAGUUCCGGCAAGGGUGGGCUGAGGACCCGGACAACAUUGGGACCGUCGACGACCUCCUGGACGCUUACAUCGAGCUAUACAAUGACUGUCUCAGCAAGCUGCCGGCCGACUUCCACACGGGGGUGCACCUCUGUCGCGGAAACUUCAUAAGAGGGAAGUUUUUCGCUGAGGGAGGCUACGACGUGAUCGCGCAGAAGCUCUUCCAGAAGCUCAAAGUCAACACCUUCUACCUAGAGUACGACACCGAGCGCGCCGGCGGUUUCGAGCCGCUCAAGUUCCUCCCCAAGGACAAGAAUGUUGUGAUCGGGGCCAUCUCUACUAAGGUCCGGGAGCUAGAAGACAAGGAAGAAGUAAAGAGACGCAUCUACCAAGCGGCGGAUUUCGUCGCAGAGGGCAGUAACCAGACCCGCGAGGAGGCUCUCAAGCGUAUUUCCGUCAGCCCGCAGUGCGGGUUCAGCACCCACGAGAGUGGCUACCCGCUUACCGAGGAGGACGAGAAGAAGAAGCUAGCGCUAAUCCGGCAGAUCGCUGACGAGAUCUGGGGCGAGCCGUAAAUUGACUAAAAAGAGACAGCACAGUCUUAAAGACAGGAUUCCGGAGUUCAGAGAGCCAUACAAGAGGGUUAUCAGUGUUAGCAUGGAUGUAUCAACUACGCCUUCAACGGCUACAGCAAGCAGGACUGGACAGGAGUUGAAAAGGGGUCGGCGGGUUA